AUGCUACUAGCACUUCUCCUUCUGGGUCACGUGACAGCACACAACGACGAAGCAAUAGAGAAAGAACUGGCUGAAUCCUUAGUAAACUCCUUUGUAGGAUCAGCAGAUGCAGUCAAUCUUCUCUACAACAUCUUCCUGCAGAUUACACACUACGAGUGUGACCGCCAACAAGACGACUGCAGAGCCUGGACAGCUGUAAACCUGAUAGAGGCGCUGGAGCUGAUGGGAGUUAACUGCGAUGGUAACCAUGACAACCAUGGGGUUUGUAACAGAGCUAGAACAUUCCUAGGAUCUGAAGAUGUUGGUCAUGAUGAAAUCAUAAAGGAACUUCUUUUAAUCGGUGAACAGGUCCCCUCAAGGGAUUACCCUGCUCUAAAUGCUAUCAGGGACUCUGUUAUUAACUAUGUGUGCAUCAAGGAACCAAGGGAGUGUGAGGUUCUGGGGAAAUUUAGAGACCUAGAGAACUGGUUCGAGGCCAGGAUAGAGGGAAAAGAUGAUAUCUGAUAGAGAGCUGAGCCAUAUAGUAGAUGAUAUCUAGAUUUAGUUCAACAUUGGAGCAGUCAGGGAAAAUAUCCAAUUAACUUUUGUCAGUGAAUAGUGUAAU